ACUUGGUUUCACAGUAGAGGGAGAAGCUGGAGAGAGAAAGGUUGCGGGCUAGAAAGAGAGAGGGGGGUUAGGGGAAUAUGGUGACUCGAGAGAGAGAGUUAUGGCUGUGAUUUUUUAAGACUAUUUUUUUUUUUUAUUUUAUUUUCUUGGUGAAAUUCACCGGAGGCUUUUAUCGUCGCUGCAGAGGAGAGAAUUCAGAAUUCUCUCUCUUCUGGUGUGUUUCUUCAAUCGGCGAGACGUUUAGUUUUUCAAAGAAGUUUUGUGGUUUUCUGGCGAAACGUUUCGGGUUCGUUUGUUUUGUAGUCGGCGAGGUGUUGGGGAAAUAUAUACGACCGUUUGAUCAUCUGAGAUCACGGGAAUUCCCGAUUUUGCGCACAAGGCUGCUGCUCAUUUUAAAAAUCAUUUGUUGGUUUAUUGAAGAUUAAGCAAAAAAUUGGUGUUUUUUAAGUUUUAAUACGGAUUUGUGCGAUUUCUUUGGUGGAGAUUGUAGAAAAGUUUUGGGCUUUUAACGGAUAUAUUUUUACCAAAAUUAUAUAAGCGGUUUUGGCUCCUGGGUUCAUUUAAGGGUGUUUUCGACGGAUUUUUGUUGGUGUUCCAUUUUGUAAGUGUUAAAAAUUUUGCUUUUCAACUAGUUGUUUUUCAAGGUCUUCAUUUUCUAUUUUGAUGGGUUUCUAGUUUUGGUGAUUUGCUGGGACUAGAGAGAGUGGACUAAUAUUUCUUUGUUCUUACAUACUGAUUGGAUGGCUUUGUAGGAGUGAUAUUUUUGAACAAAUCUUAGAAAAGGACCCUCUUUUUGGUAGAAUUUGGCUUUUCCUAGUUGCCGUAAUUUGAUAGAGGUUAAUGGGUUUGAUGGAUGAAUUCAUAAAUUCCUGAUAUUUGGUGUAUGGUUUAGUUUCAUUAAAUUGAAUCGAACUUUUCUUAGUUCGGUGGUUGCUGCAAAAGGCAGGAGCUACAUAUCAAAAUCCAAUUCAUUUUGAGAAGUGGAGGCAAAAAUGGCAGUUUCUUUGACUCGUUUUUCAUGGUGGUUAUGGAGUGGCAAGGAAAAAGAACCUGUCUCAAAUGGUUCUUCUUUGAAUUCAUCUACUGAUUGGGGUUCUGGAUUCAGAGAGCUUGAAUCUGUUAAAUUCCCCUCAAGGAAUUUAGCCUCACCUAGAAAAGCUAAGAGGAAAUGGCACAGUAGGGAAGACAGGAGACUUGAUAAGCAAUAUGGUGAUGCAGUUUUGGUGCCAUCUGAUGGUGGGGUUUGCUUGUCAGGGUCAGAAUCGGAUGGCCCAGAUUGGUCCAUCGGUUGGGUGGAGCCUCAUGGACCUGAUUUUAGAAGUGAUGACGAGACCGAUGAUGGUUUUGCCGUGCUGGUUCCUUGUUACAGACCUGGCUGCAAGGAGUUGGUGGAAGGUUCAACUAACCAGCUUUUAAGUGCUAUCAAGAAUUUGCCAAUUGAGUUCUCUUCUGAGGGAAAGAACUACAUGGAGUGGCUUUCUUCCUUCAGAAUUUCUGAAGUCUAGAGUUGGCUGGCGACUUGUGGAAGAGUCAUUGCAUCCAGUGAAACAUUUCAAUGACCCCCAACCUGUUACAAAGUAUCAAAUUUAAUUCAGAAAUGAUUGAAGAAAUGAAGUCUAAGCAGCAAACAUUAUGUAUAUAAUAUAUGCAUUACCUUCAUGUGUUGAAGUGCGAAGGAUUAAACAUCCAUUCAAUCAAGUUGAUGGUAAUGUUGUUUAGUUCAGAAAACAUAUUGAGCUUGUUUAAUUUGGAGAUGAGUUAGAUGUUUCUCAGCUUAUGUCAUGGUUUGCUAGUGAUAUUUCUAUGAUUAGAUGCCUGAUCAACUGGUUGUUGACAGGGAAAUAUGAGAUGGGAUGGAUUUUCCUUUUUGUAAAUACUACUGUUGAUGUGAAUAUCAGAAUAUGUAUGCUUUGAUCUUAUCAGUACAUGUAAAUAAUUCUCUAUAUCAUAUUUCCUGUUAA